CCUCCUCCUCCUCCUCCUCCUCCCUCGAGCUCGCCUUGCCGCCUCCGGUAAGCAAGGAAGCAGGAGCGCGUCGCGCUCCGCGUCGGAGGAGAGAUGCCGGAGGACGAGGCGUGGACGGCGGCGGCGCAGCCGGCGGUCCAGGUGCCGUGCGCGGCGUGCAGGACGCUCCGGCGCCGGUGCGUGCCGGGCUGCGUCUUCGCGCCCUUCUUCCCGGCGGAGGGCGACGAGCCGUCCCGGUUCGCGGCCGUGCACCGAGUCUUCGGCGCCAGCAACGCCGCCAGGAUGCUCGAGGACGUGGAGCGCCCCGAGGAGCGGCGCCGCGCCGCGGAGACGCUCGUCGAGGAGGCCCUGGCGCGCGUGCGGGACCCCGCCCUCGACUGCCUCUCCUACGUCGCCGUCCUCCAGAUGCUCAACGAGAAGACCCGGGAGCAGGUCGACGCCGCGCGCGCGGAGAUCGCCGCGGAGUUCGGCCCCGCGGCCGCGUCCGAGCCGGUCGACCUCGCGGCCGCCGGGCCGGAGGUGGAGAUGGAGGCCAGGGCGCAGGCGGAGCGCGCGCUGGCUCACGCGGAGCAGGACGCCAAGAUGCUCGCCGCGCGGCGCGCCGUCGACCUCAAGUGGCGGCAGCUGCGCCAAGCGGCGAGGCGCGCCGCCGCCGGGAGAGGUUCCACCUCCCCGGCGAGCGCUGGCAGGACACGAACAACCAGAUGGCGGGGACAGAGAACACGGCCGCCGCCGCCGCUGGGGAGUCCUCGAGCGAGCAGACAAUGCUGACGCCGCAGGCCGCAGCCGUGACGGAGCUGGACUCCCCGGAAGGGAACGGGCAGUCGGCGGCCGCCGCGGCCACAAACCAGCACCGCCACCUCGCCGCGCAGCACACCGGGGUGGAGCCGGGCAUCCCGGAGGGGUACCGCCACGGGCAGCUGCACGACCUGAUGGCGGAAACGCAGCAGCCGACUGCCGGGGCGGUGGCAUUGGCGUCGGAGUCGGCGCAGGCCCCGGCCGCCGCGCUGCAGCACCACGAUUCCGCAACAACGCAGCUCGCCGGGACGGGGACCAGCACCAGCUUCCUGGACAGGCACCAGGUGGCUGCCGCGGGGGAGCUUUCUAAGAAGCUGGACACCAUGAUACGGCGACUCGCCGCGGCGCAGCAGUACGACGACCCUGCGGCGGCGCGCGGCUACGCGUGGAUGGGCCCCGACGCCUCGCCGCGGCUCCAGCAGCAGCCUCAGCCCCAGGACAUGGCGCCGCAGAUGGCCGAGGAGCAGGAGGAGGCCGCCGCGGCGGAGGUGACGAGCCAUCAGGACUUGAUGAUGAUGCUGGCGCAGUAGAUCGCCGAGGCGGAGGCGGCGGCAGAGCAGGACGCGAUGAUGCAGCUGAUGGCCGCGGCCGCGCCUCAGCGCGAUAACCUCGCCGCGCACUACGACGACGACACGGAGUUCGAUGUCACGCUGGGGUACGGCCACCGGGAGAUGCACCAGCAGGCGGUGCAGCAGAUGGCUGCCGCGGCGAAGGUUGCGCAGGCCAGCCAGCCGGAGAUGGCGAUCUUGCUGCAGGCCGCCGCGGCGCAGCAGGACCCCAUGGCGCAGUACUCCGAGACGGAGCUCCACAUCUCGCUGGGGCUAGGCCACCCGUACAGGCUGGAGACGAACACGAUGACGGUGCAGCAGCCGGAGCCGAACACGACGUCGAUGCGGCAGGUCGCGGGGUACAUGGACGGUGAGCAUGGGAGCGACGACUCCGGCGUGACGGUGGCGUUGCAGCUGCUGGACUCGGUUGAGGCCGCGUCAUUCCGCGUCGAACAGCAACCGCCGCCACAGGGGCAGACGGCGAGCGCGCUUGGGCUCGAAAUGGAUUCAUCUCAGCCGCCGCUGCCGCCGUCGUUGGGCGGGCCGCAUGGCCUGGUGUCGCAGCAGCAGAGUGAUGGUGGCGACGAGGACCAGUCUUCUGAUUUGUCAGUGUACUUGUUCUAUUGAUCCUUGUCCUUGUCCAGGUGAGGUGAGAAAGGCAGUUGUUAUGGACACGGCAGACAGGCUUCAGCGAGAUGAGGCCUUGUCCGAAGCAGAAGAUGCAGGAUUUGCAGAUAAUAGUUAAAACAGAGUUGUGAUUUCCUACUUUAGGUUUAACUACACACAGCACUUGGUCUGAACUUCUCAUGGCUCUAGGCCUUGAUGUCCAGCUCUUUUAUGUUGCCUGAAUUUUGUGGACAGUUAUUACAUACUGUGGUCCAGUUCAUCCAGGUGCUUACAAAGACACGUGUUUGCUGAUGAAAGUGAGAUGGUUAUAUGGAAUCCUACAGUUUGCUGGUUG